AUAGGGUUCAAAGCAAAACACCAAAAGCCUCGGUACACACACACACACAAAACAGAGCCUCCUCUGCUAUAUUCUCUAUCUUUCUCUCUCUCUAAAUCUCCUUGCACAGAUAAUCUUCUUCCCUUCCACGGCGUAAUCUACGUGGUAGUGCGUUCUACGGUGUUUAGCUCUCUUCCUCUGACUCACGACUAUAUACAUAGCGCCUCCCACUAAAGGCUUGUCACACAGUGCACAUACCGUUUCUGUCUAUCUCUCUACCAACAGCAAUUGAAACUUUGGCUACCUCUGUCUAGAAUUUCCUCCCACAGAUAUCCAUACGCUGAAUCGCACUGCUUAGAAGUAGAAAACACCAAGCGGCGAGAGCCAAACCAUUAGGGUUUGGUUUUGUUCAGGCUUUGGCUUUGUUAUAUUGGAUUAUUAUCAAUUCCAAGGUUCAGGGUUAGUCGAUUUUAUCUUUCUCUUCGAUUCGAGGGUUUGAAUUUCUGUGUUUCCUGUACUGGGUAUGAAUUUUCCUUCAAGAAGUGCUCUGUUUUGGCCAUCUUUAGUGGAGGGAUAGGUUUAUAUUUUGGGUAUUGACUGAAGUUCUAAUUACUGAGAUGAGGGUCUUCUAAGUGCGUUUUUACUGAUAAUUGAGGAAUCUGGAAGCCCUUCUUGAGCUUGUUCUGGGGCACUGAAAGAGCAUAGUAGUUUGUUUCUUCCAAUUGAAUGAAGUUUUUCAUGUUUGACUUGGCAGUAUAUAGUGCAUAGGGAGAAUAGACCCUUGUUACCUUGUACAGGACACUUCAUAUUCUUUUAUUCAAAGUGGUUUUUGAAGCAUAAGAUUUGCAAGAUUAAAUUCAGAACACUAGUUACUUAGUUACGUGGUUUGGUGCACGGAGAGGUUUUGGGGUAAAGAACAACUGAAAUUGGAUUAACUUUGUAUGCACACAUUUUGAUUUUGUUGGUUUUAUGGGGUGGAUGCUGACCAUUAAUACGAGGAGGGAGAUAUUAAGCUUUAAUACACGGAGGACAAGUUGCUUUUUUUCUGUUCUGUUAUAUACUGAUCAUGUUUGGUACUAGUUAUGGAAAGAAGUGAGCCAUCAUUAGUUCCAGAAUGGUUGAAAAGUGGUGGAAGUGUAACUGGUGGUGGCACUACAGCCCACCAAUUUCCGUUAUCUUCAUUGCACCCAGUAGAUGAUCAUCACACUGUAUCAAAGCCUGCAAGAAAUAAGUCAUUAGUAACUACUAGAGAUCAUGAUCUUGGACGUUUGGAUCGUGCCACUUCCUCUUAUUUCCGUCGGAGUUCCAGCAGUAAUGGUUCUGCUCACUCGCGAACUUACAAUAAUUUUGGUCGGAGUCACCGUGAUAGGGACUGGGAUAAGGAUAUAUAUGGCUCUCGUGAUAAAGAAAAGUUAAUUUUGGGUGACCACAAGCAACGAGACUAUUCUGAUCCCUUAGGGAGCAUUUUGCCAAGUAGGCUUGAAAAGGAGGUGUUAAGGCGUUCACAGUCGAUGAUCUCAGGCAAAAGUGUUGAGCCAAAAGUUGCAACUGACUCAAGCAGUGCCAAUAAAAACCACCACAGCAACAGCAACAGCAACAGCCUGCUUGGUGGGGGCAGCCCCAUCAGUGGUGUGAACAAGUCUGCAUUUGAACGAGACUUUCCAUCUCUUGGAGCCGAGGAAAGACAAGCAGCACCUGAAAUAGGAAGAGUCCCAUCUCCUGGCUUGAUUACUGUCAUUCAAAGCUUACCAAUUGGUACCUCGGCCGUGAUUGGCGUUGAUAAGUGGACAUCAGCCUUGGCAGAGGUGCCUGCAGUAGUUGGAAGUAGUGGCACCAGUGCCUCAUCUGUUCAACUAGCCGGUCCUGCAAAUUCAUCUUGUGGGGCUUCAGGCACAACGGCUCUCAAUAUGGCUGAAACUUUGGCCCAGGGUGCUCCUCAUGCUGAGACAACUCUGCAGGUGUCUAUUGGAACUCAGAGGCUUGAAGAGCGCGCUAUUAAGCAAUCUCGCCAAUUAAUUCCUAUGACACCAUCCGUGCCUAAAGCUUUGGUGUUGAAUUCUUUAGAGAAACCAAAGCCUAAAGUUGGGCAACAGCAGCAUCAGACCUCAUCUUCUCACCUUGUUAGUCUCUCUCCUCGUGGUGGACCUGUGAAAUCUGAUGUUUUAAAGACGUAUAAUGUGGGAAAACUUCACAUUCUCAGACCAGCACGAGAGAGGAAUGGUGUCUGUCCGGCAAAGGACAGCUUGAGCCCAACAAGUGGUAGCAAAAUAGCAAAUAGCCCACUUGCUAUUGCUCCAUCAGUUGUUGGAUCUGCUCCAUUACGGAGCCCAGGCAACAACCCAACACUUGCCAUUGCAGACUGCAAGCCUGCUCUGGGAACGUUGGAGAAGAGACCAACAUCUCAUGUUCAGAGCCGGAAUGAUUUCUUCAACCUUGUGAGGCAGAAAUCUAUGACAAGCUCCUCUUCUGCUGUUGCUGAUCCUAGCCGUGCUGUGUCACCUUCUGCCUUGGAUAAGCCUGGCGAAACAGAAGCUCCAUCUGCCUCUGCUAUUCCUCAGAAUGGAGAUGCUCCAUUGCCAGAUAGAUCUACUAGCAGCCAAUCAAUUAAGAGGAUGAGUGAGUUGGCUUCAAAUGGUUAUGCUUGCAAUGGGCCUCAGAAAUCUCUCAACAAUGGAAAAAGUCAUUCUACAUCGGAUGCUAUCAUUUGUUCGGAGGAAGAAGAAGCUGCAUUUUUGCGUUCUCUGGGGUGGGAGGAAAAUGCUGGAGAAGACGAAGGGCUUACAGAGGAGGAGAUCAAAGCUUUCUAUAGGGAUGUAAGUAAGGUAACUGCUUUCUGAGAACAGGAGACAACUAGGAGUUCACAUAUGCUUUUGUCAAAUAUCAAUUUUUUUGUUUGACAUUUUGUGGUUAAUCUUAUUUGGAGUUGCUUAAAUACUUGAAAUUAUUUCCCAAAUCCCAACAAUAUAUUAUCCAUUUAUUUUUGUGCAGCACAUCAACUCGAGUUCAUCUUCGAAAAUUCUCCAAGGAAUGCAGCCAAGGUUUUCAGUGCCACUCAACUCACAAAUGGGUAGUGUUGGUGGCAUUUCAUCUGGGUUAAGCUCAUCUGACUCUAAGCUGGAAUCUUGAGUUACUAAACCUCUGACUGGGUUUCAUAAGUUCUUAAUUGAUUUCGGGGAGGGUUCUGUUUUCACUUUUUCUUUUUAUUUUUUUUGGCUGCUUGUUUCUUGAUUGAUAAAUCUAAUACUGAGAGGAAAUUUUGAGGAGCCAAUUGGGCAUGAAAAGAAGGGGAAGUUGGGAUUCUGAUAUCAUUGCCGUUUGGUGGAAGUGAAUGAGAAUAAGUCACAGAUGGUUGACUCCUUCCCAGAAUGACUUGUGAUAUGAUGUGCCUGGUUCUUGACAGAAUAGGAAUAGUUUAUAUAAAGCUGCUUAGGGAAAUUGCUAGUGCAAAGUCUGGGUUUUUGUCCCUUUUCUUUUUUGUUUUUGGAAGUUGAUUGGCUCAACAAAUUGGUUAUGGUUUCUUUCGUCAUCUAA